AAAUCUAUAAAUUGGAGGAUGAAAUCGUAACUUAGUUAAAAGAAAAGGUGUAAACAAGGAAAACAAAGAGUUGAUUUUUUAUAACCUACGUAUAAACCUAAACUAAAUCAGCCGUCCUCUUUCUCUCUUCCCUGUUCGCUCAUCUAAAGCUCUAAAGCUCUAAAGCUAAAAAUCAGCCGACAGAUCUUUCAUUCUACGAUUCAGCAGGGAAUGUAAGGUUCGAUCAGCAACUUCGAUUAGCCACCAUUUCUUCUCUAUUACGAUUGAAUUGUUUUUUCGGAAUGCCAUUAUGGUCGUCAGAAACGCGAUCCCAAGCGAAACCGGAUCGUUUUCGUACCGCGAAUUGGAUCGGACGAACCAAAACGUCCCCGAUACUCUGUUUUGGAAGUACCCAUUAUCGGGUACGGUUUUGUAGAAGUCCCCAAUAUCCGGGUACGUUUGGGAAACGUCCCCGAGCCGUCCCCUACGCGUUUCCGUCCCCGAGCCGUCCCCGGGACGGGUACUUGAUUCAAGCAAGUCAACACAAAAGAGGCAAAAACAAUAUUUUGAACAAAGAAAACGGCUGCAGCAACAGCAAGAGCAUAAGUCAAGUGGGCCAGAGAGCUAUACUGAUAAAAAGGUCCCAUACAUGCAAUGUAAUGAAAAUAAUAGAUCCCUUGAUGUUCUCAGUCUGCUAAACUUAUCAAAAACUAGCAAUGAUUGCACUUCCAGAGUCCCGGAAGGAAUGGGAAGUUUGAAUAGUGAACAUACUGCACCAAACUAUCAAACUGUGAACUGUACAAAAACGAUUCAAACGGAAACCGAAAAGCUCUGCCCAUCUGAACAUGUAGUAAUAAGGGAAACAAGAAUUGUAUCUAAUCACUUGGAAGAGACGGUAUAUCCACAAGGUAAUCAUCCUGAUGCUUCAAGAAGGAACAGUGACAAAGAUCCUAUAAAGACGAUCACUGAACACAAGUUAUCUGUCGUGGAUAUGCUCGGUGAUGACGAACAAAAUAGCAGUUCAAGAGGACAUCUAGUACAUGAGAAACAUGUUGCAUUUUCAGUUGAAGGUCUUGGUAAAGUGGAAAUGGAAACUCCAGUUCAUUCACCACAACAUCCUACAAGAAACUUUUCCUAUGCAAAGCCUGCACCGUCCAAAAAUUUUAGGGGCUCGCACUGUUCCAAGAACCUUAAUUACAGCCUGGAGGACAAAUUACAUGAAUUGGAUGAUAUGGCUUUUGGUGUUGAUGUACCAACGAAUGCAAGUUCUUUAAAGUUCCCUCCCUAUCUUGAAGAACCAUAUCGUAAUACGAAGCAUAAUUCAUUUGUUAGCAAAGAUUGCUUGCUGCAUGAUGCAGAUAAUUUCCUAAGAAAUGAUGAAUUUUAUGAUAGCAGGGUGGAGCAUGAUGCAUUUAAACAAGAUGAAAAAUAUAGCUUCUUGGAUCGCAAGUUUGUUGAUGAUAACUGUGGCUUAUUGUGGAAGAAUUGGUCAUGUGAUUCGGAUUCCAGUGUGAUGAAUCAUAUGAGAAGUAGGAACUACGAUAAACCAGAUUUCUCGUUUGAAGACAUUCAUAUGCAAAAAAGAAGAGCAAGUGCAAAAACAUCAGACUGCUUCGAUGUUUCAGGAUUAUCUUCUUCAUAUAAGCAGCAAACGGAGCAUGACUACGAUUUCAUGUCAUGUUAUCCAGCUAGAAGUAGAAACUCUGAUUUCAGUGAGAUGACCAAUUAUUCGGCUUGGCCUUCCUUUACAACACAAGACACAAGAGACUGUUUAAGCUUUGUGAGCGAAGAUUCAUGCUUGUCCCAUUCAGUAUGGCAUGAAGAAACCAAAAAACCAUCGUUUAGAUUUACCGAAAGACAUGAAGCUGAUUUCAUAUGCCCGAUACAUAAUUUCGCUAAAAAAACGAAUACAUUUACACAGGAAUUAUGGCAAAAGGAAAGUGGCAUUUGCUCAAGAAUGCAUAACAAGAUCCCUGAGUUCUCAACUCCAGGAGACGAUUGGUUAUUUGAAGAGCAACGCCAUACCAAGAAUACAAAACCGUGUUACGCUUCCGUAAAUCCCUUGGAAACCCAAAUGGACUCCUCUUUCAGGCCGUUCGAUUCAGAUUUCAACCCGAAGUUUUAUGCUGAUGAGAAAGAGAAGCCAUCAGAACAUGAUGCCUUUAGUGGUAAUCUUUUCUCAGAUGAAAGCAUCUAUGUAAAAACUGGACGUCAUGAAUCAUUUAGUGGUAAUCUUUAUAAGGAAGAAAAAGAUUCUCUCAAGAUGCAAUUUCAAGAGAGUGUUAGCACCGGAGAAACUAAAUCAGCAACCCCACCAGCUAUAAGUAGCACACUUCAUCAGCGAAAUCACUCAUCUUCGGAAAAUGGAGCGCCUGUUAACGCCUUAGAGUCGGAAAACGACCACAGUUGUUCUGAGGAAUCUAAUGUUAAAACUCCGGAAAUGACCGCGUGUCCGAAUGCAGUACUCUCUCCUUUACGUUCAGAUGGUGGAUCUUCAUCGGUAGAGAUGCCUCAGAAGGUGGAAGAAUAUGAUGUCUCAAAAGAAUGUGCAAACGCAAACGGUUCAAAAACUUCUCUCUUGAGCCAAAAUGAGCUUAAAAGUGAAGGAGCAGAUAGAUCUUGCAAAGUAAUGAUGCUUGGAAGCUUUGUUCUGCAACUUAUGUGAGCAGCACUUUAGAAGCAGGUACGUAACUUCUCAAGCACACGAAACCGCACAGAAAUUCAAUUGAAAUAGAAUAACAGAAUUCAUAAAUUGCAAUCUAUCUUUAGCAACUUUCGGACGUUCCUA